CCAAGGACCCCCCUGUCCGCCCCGCGGUCACGGGCCACAGUCUCGGAAAGGCCCGGCUCCCGCGCCGGGUCAGGAGAUCCCUGGCAGCCGCUGUCCAGGAUUACCCUGCCGGAGACGGACGCGGGAGGCCGCCGCGCAGUCUCCAGCGCGUUUCCGUUUCAAACCUGAACUUCCGGCUCGUUAGCCGGUUCCGGUCCCCGUUCCUCACUUCCGGCCGCCGUCGGUUCCGCUGUGGCCGGUUCCUGCGUCCACUGCUGCGGGCCCCGCGGCUCUCCAGGUAUCUUUUUCUGAGUGAAAGCUGCUUGAUCGUAUGUUUCAAGGAUGGCUCUUCCUAUCAUUGUAAAAUGGGGUGGACAGGAAUAUUCAGUGACCACACUUUCAGAAGAUGAUACCGUGCUAGAUCUCAAACAGUUUCUUAAGACUCUUACAGGAGUGCUACCAGAACGCCAAAAGUUACUUGGACUCAAAGUUAAAGGCAAACCUGCAGAAAAUGAUGUUAAGCUUGGAGCUCUCAAACUGAAACCAAAUACUAAAAUCAUGAUGAUGGGAACUCGUGAGGAGAGCUUGGAAGAUGUCUUAGGUCCACCUCCUGACAAUGAUGAUGUUGUCAACGACUUUGAUAUUGAAGAUGAAGUAGUUGAAGUAGAAAAUAGGGAAGAAAACCUACUGAAAAUUUCUCGUAGAGUGAAAGAGUAUAAAGUGGAAAUUUUGAAUCCUCCCAGGGAAGGGAAAAAGCUUUUGGUACUAGAUGUUGAUUAUACAUUAUUUGACCAUAGGUCUUGUGCAGAGACUGGAGUAGAAUUAAUGCGGCCAUAUCUUCACGAAUUCCUAACAUCUGCAUAUGAGGAUUAUGACAUUGUUAUUUGGUCUGCAACAAAUAUGAAGUGGAUUGAAGCUAAAAUGAAAGUAAAGCCUCUUGGUGUUAUAUGGGGAAAGUUUUCAGAGUUUUACAGCAAAAAAAACACUAUAAUGUUUGAUGACAUAGGAAGAAAUUUUCUAAUGAACCCACAGAAUGGACUAAAGAUAAGGCCUUUUAUGAAAGCUCACCUAAAUCGAGAUAAAGACAAAGAACUUUUAAAACUAACUCAGUACCUCAAGGAGAUAGCAAAAUUAGAUGACUUUUUGGACCUAAAUCACAAAUAUUGGGAAAGGUAUCUGUCAAAGAAGCAAGGACAGUAGUUACAAGUUAUAUUGGCAGUUACUGAGGAUACUUGAGAUCACGAACUUCUUGCUUUUAUGCUAGAAAUCAUUAUGAUAGUGCUGGACACUGCAGUGAAUAUCAGACUGCUUAUACUUGGUCUUCCAGUUUUUUGUAAAUUUAAUUUUAUAUUUUUUGAAGAUCAUAGCAAUAUGCUAAAAAAAAAUCCUUUUUCCCCCUAUAUGAAUACUGUUACUCUUGAAAAAUAUUUUCUCCAGCAUUGAGUACUGAGUUUUUUCCCCCUAUAUAACACACAAAAGUGGACAAAAAUGUAUACUCAGCAAUGUCAUUUUGUGGCUUUAGAAACAAGUUAUGUCUUGUGUUUUUGUCUCAUUCUGUUAUUGUCUGACUAAAUCUAAGACCAAACCCAUCUUGAAACUACUGCUUUUUCCCAUUUAAACCCCGCAAAAAGAAGUUUUUGAAUAAGGAACCUAGUUUGGUAUGCUUAAAAUCACCAAGAUUUUUUUUAUUCCUUUGUCAUAGACACAGUUUCUCUUCUUACUGUGCACUAUUUACAUCUCUAAAUUUUUCUGCUGUCUCAGUUUGGUCUAUAUGUGGGUCCAUGUUCUUUGAGUAAAACUGGAAAACGUCAGCUGUGAUACAAGUGUGUCUCAUAGUAUGAGAAAUAGAAAACAUAAGACUGAAUAUGAACAAUAAAAACUAAGGAACAAAAGUUAUUUCUUUUUGGUGGCUAAGUAGAAGCACUUCUGCCUAAAACCAUUGUCAUAAAAGCAAUUAAAGGCAUUACAUUUUAAGUGGGACACAUCACUGGUUCAGCCCUAAAAAGCAUGAACAAAAAGUUUUUGUUCUGUUCCAGCUAUCUCUUGUCUAAGUGCAAACACUGUGUUUCAGUGAAAAUAUUUAGCCAUAAGAAUAAAAAAAAAAAAGUUUUGCAAUGCUUACGCCUGCAGAUAUGUAAUGUGACCACUGUUUUGUGUUGACAGUAUUGCUUUAUACAGUUAUUGUAUUUGAAAGGAAUCUGAUCCUUUCAAAUAAACAUGGUGUAUAUUGUUCUUACGGGACUAUUUCAGUGGUGUAAAUAAUAAAUACUUUUUCUUAAAA